AUGUGGAUAUCCUAUUUAAAGAUCUCGCUAGAAGAGAGCGUUGACCCAAAGAGGUUAGCAAUGCGGAUUGUGCAGCGCAGUGGCGGCCAUCACAGUGAGAAGACAACCACCGAUGAGGCAGAUCCACAGGUUCGGCUCAGUGCCGCAGGUUAUCAGGGUCCGAGGGGGCCCGGUGAAGAGGAUCUACGUGCCGAUGAACGUGAUGCCCCAGAGGUACGGCCCCUCGUACGAGCCGGCCCACUGGAAGCCCAAGCCCGUGGUCAAGAUGUACCAGCACGGGCCUCAGGCACCGAACAGGAUCCUCCCGCAGGCCUGGCCUGUGUCAUGGCGUCGGUUAUGAAAAAGCGAGGAGACGAGAGUGAAGUAGCGGCACCAUCCAUCAAAGCUAAAACAAACAUGACAACCUGUCCCCGAAUAUCGGCAAUAUUAGCAGCCAUUGGUCGAAGCGGGAAUUUUAAAUUACUCAAGAGGGGAGCUUUGAUGGGUCGCGGUAUUUAG